AUGGGCGACUGGAGCUUCCUGGGGAACAUCCUGGAGGAGGUGAGCGAGCACUCCACGGUCGUGGGCCGCGUGUGGCUCACGGUGCUCUUCAUCUUCCGCAUCCUCAUCCUGGGCACGGCCGCCGAGCUCGUGUGGGGCGACGAGCAGGCCGACUUCGUGUGCAACACGCAGCAGCCGGGCUGCGAGAACGUGUGCUACGACGCGGCCUUCCCCAUCUCGCACGUCCGCCUGUGGGUGCUGCAGAUCAUCUUCGUGUCCGCGCCGUCGCUCGUGUACGUGGGCCACGCGGUGCACCGGGCGCGCGCGGAGGAGAAGCGCGCGGCGCGCGAGGCGCGGGAGGCGGGCCCCGCGGGCGCCGAGCAGGGCGGCGGCAGCCAGAAGGGCGGCGGCGGCGGCGGCGGCGGCGGCGGGGGCGCCCGGCGGUUCCGGCUGGAGGGCACCCUGCUGCGGACCUACGUGGGCCACAUCGUCUGCAAGAGCCUGUUCGAGGUGGGCUUCGUGGCCGGCCACUACCUGCUGUACGGCUUCCGCAUCCCGCCGCUCUACCGCUGCAGCCGCUGGCCCUGCCCCAACGUGGUGGACUGCUUCGUGUCGCGGCCCACGGAGAAGACCAUCUUCAUCCUGUUCAUGCUGUGCGUGGCCUCCGUGUCCCUGGUCCUCAACAUCCUGGAGAUGAGCCACCUGGGCCUGAAGCGGGUCCGCUCUGCCUUCCGGCGGCCCGGGGCGCAGCCCCCGGGGGAGGUGCCCGAGACGCCCCUGCACCCCAUCGCCGUGUCCUCCGUGCAGAAGGCCAAGGGCUACCAGCUCCUCGAGGAAGAGAAGAUCGUGUCGCACUAUUUCCCUCUGGCCGAGGCCGGCCUGGGGGAGCCCGGCCCGCUGUCCGCCCAGCCCUUCCGUCAGUUGGAGGAGAGGAGGGGCGCGGGGCCCCUGGGGGCGCUGCCCGGGCCUUACCCAGAGGCGCUGCCUUCCUACGCGCAGGUGGGAGCCGGGGGAUGUGAGGGGGAUGAGCCGCCGGGGGAGGAAGGGGCAGACCCCGAGCGGGUUGCGGGUGCGGAGAGGCAGGACGCAGAGAGAGGGAGCACAGACGGGCGGGCGACCCUGGCAGGGCCCGAGGGGGAGGACGGGGCCCGCAGGGUGGGGAGGCCGGGGGAGGAAGAAGAGCUGCCGGCCGAGAAGGUGGCGAAACAAAGGCUGCCGGCCGAGCAGGCAGCUUCCCCGGGGCCAGAGCUGGCCGGGGAUGACCCCAGGCCCCUGAGCAGGGUGAGCAAAGCCAGCAGCCGGGCCCGGUCAGAUGAUCUAACCAUAUGAGGUGGCGCCAAAGGAAGAAGGCAAACAGGUGCCAGGAAAAAUGCCCACAGGAGCUGAGUCUUCUGCCCCUCCCCUCACCCCCGUGCCUGGUCGGACAGUGCGCGCUGCACAGUGAACUGUCUUUCCCGUCGGUAAGGGCUCCCGAGAUAAACCCAUGUCCCACCCAAGUCCCCAGGCUCCCGUGGCUGCCCUGCCCUCUGCCCCA